AUGGUUGCCGGGAUUGCUCCGGCCUCUGUUUACUCUGUUCGAGUCGGCAUGGGCUACUUGGUCAUGCUCGCUGUCAUGUCUUUCAACGUCGGGAUCUUCAUAGCCGCGGUGGCAGGCCACACCUUUGGGGACUUCAUAGUCAAGGCCAGUUCUCUAGCUCUGGCCAAACCUUCCCAGCCUGAUGGUCUGAGUAUGCGCCCAUAUGUUGAUUAG